AUGUGGAAGCGCAAAUUCUCCGCCGCCGGCGGAGAUGCUUCCGCCGAACCUUCCGCCUCGCGCGGCCGUGGCGCGGGUGGGAGCGGAAGCGGAAGCAGCGGCUUCGGCUUCGUGCGCUCGGGGGGAAGCGCGUACACGCCGCCCGUGAAUCCCGCCGGCUCGUACGGCGGAUUCGGCGGCGGCGGCAGCAGCUACGCCGGAUACCGUGGCGGCUCGGGUCGGCGGUCGCUGCCGGACGACGAGGACGACGAUAUAGCGGAUAUCGAGUACCGCGAUGACGGGGAUGCGGGGGGCGCCACGACGGCCACUGGUUCCGGGGAAGGAGAAGAUGACGAGGGAGACCGGCGAGUGGCGGCGGCGGAAGAGGAGGAGGAGGAGGAGGAUCCGCUUGACGCGUUCAUGUCGAGCAUUGAGCGGAAGGUGAAGGAGGACGCGGUCGCCGCCACCACUCGCGCAGCGGCGGUGGGCGCGAAGGGCGGGGAAUCGGGGGAAGUCGCAAAGCCGGAGCGGGAGGACUGGCGCGCGGAGGAGGAGGAGGCGGAUCUGCUCGACUCGUUCCUCCGCGCGCGCAAGAGCGCGGGGCUGUCGGUGGCGGCGGAAGCAGUGAUGGGGCGCGGGUACGACUCGGACGAGGAGGUCUACGCCGCCGCCAAGGCCGUCGACGCCGCUGCCGCCGCCGCCGCCGCCGGCGGCGCUGCGGGCGGUGCGGCUGGGUCCGCAUUAGAGUACGACUCGGACGAUAACCCGAUAGUAGCUGACUCGGUAACGUCGCUUAAGAGUAAGAUGGACGCGCUAGGCCACGUGGACCACUCCGCGAUCGAGUACGACGAGUUCGAGAAGGAUUUCUACCAGGAGCAUCCUGACGUCACCGCCAUGUCAGCAGCCGACGUGGCGGCGCGGCUCGCGGCGCUCUCGAUCCGCACGUCCGGCUUCGACGUGCCGCGCCCGAUCAGCGCGUUCGCGCACGCCGCGCUCCCCCCCGCGCUGAUGGGCGCAGUGCGCAAGCACGGCUACUCCGCGCCGACCCCCAUCCAGUCCGCCGCGCUCCCCAUCAUCCUCAGCGGCCGUGACGUCAUCGGCGUCGCGAAAACCGGCUCCGGAAAAACCGCCGCGUUCGUCCUCCCGCUGAUCGUCCACGUCGCGGACCAGCCGCGCGCGGGGCGCGGGGACGGCCCCAUCGCGCUGAUCUGCGCGCCCACGCGCGAACUCGCCGCGCAGAUCCACGCGGAGGCGCGCCGGUUCGCAAAACCCUUAAACCUCCGCGUGGCGGGCGUGUUUGGCGGGAUGUCGAAAUUCGACCAGUUCAAGGAGCUGAAAGGGGGGGUGGAAGUGGUGGUGGCGACGCCCGGGCGGCUGAUCGACAUGCUCAAGAUGAAGGCGCUGUCGCUGCGACGCUGCACACUGCUCGUGCUGGACGAGGCCGACAUGAUGUUCCACCUGGGCUUCGAGCCUCAGGUGCGAGCCAUCGUGGGGCAGAUCCGCCCCGACCGCCAGACUUUGCUCUUCUCCGCCACCAUGCCGCGCCGCAUCGAGCGCCUGGCGCGCGACAUCCUCACGCACCCCGUGCGCAUCGCCGUGGGGGAGGUGGGCGCCGCAAACACGGACGUGCGGCAGCAGGUGGUGGUGCUGGCAGGGGACGACGCCAAGGUCCCGUGGCUGCUGGGGGAGCUGGGCACGCGCGUGGACGAGGGCGACGUGCUCGUGUUUGCCGGGACGAAAGCCAAGGUGGAUGUGGUAACCGCCGCCGUCGCAACCGCGGGGUUCAAGGUCGGCGCGCUGCACGGGGACUUGGACCAAUCGCGGCGCAGCGAGGUGGUGCGGCAGCUGAAGAAAGGGGAGCUGCACGUGGUGGUGGCGACUGAUGUAGCGGCCAGAGGGCUUGACAUCCGGUCCAUCAAAACAGUGAUCAAUUUGGACAGUGCGAGGGACAUGGACGCGCAUGUGCAUAGAGUGGGAAGGACGGGUCGGGCGGGGGACACGGAUGGAGUGGCGAUUUCGGUGGUGACGGGGAAGGAGGCGCGGUUUGCGGGCGAGCUGGUGGGGUGCCUGGUGGCUGGGGGACAGGAGGUUCCGCCUGAACUGCUGGAACUGGCAAUGAAGGUGAGAGGGAUUGGGGGGAGCAAAAGGGUGUGGAUGAGGGGUGUGGAGGAGGGGUGUGGAGGAGGGGUGUGGAUGAGGGGUGUGGAGGAGGGGUGUGGAGGAGGGUGCCCGGUGGCCGGCGGGCAGGAGGUGCCGGCUGAACUGCUGGAACUGGCGAUGAAGGUUGAUGGGGCGGCGUGUGUCUUCCUCUGGGUCCUCCGCUUUCUCGGCUCCUUGUUGCCUUCUUCCUCAACUCGCCCCGUUCUUGGUGUUCCGUUUCCUUCUUUCACAGGAUGCGCGGUUCAGAGCGCAGAGGGAGGGCAGAGGAGCACCGCAUAUGACCCCUGCUCCCCCCCAACUUACAUGCUUCUCCUUUCCGUCGUUCCCUGCACCCUACCUUCCUGCCUCUCUCCCUCUCUGCAUCUCCUGCCGCCUUCUGCCUGCCUCCCUCCCUCACUGUGUUUUCUUCCUGCACCGUCCCUCCUCUCUUCCCUCUCAACCCGCCACCCUUUCACCAUACCCUCCACAGGUUUCCGCAAGGGCAAGGGGGGGAGGGGCGGAGGGGGAGGGGGGAGGGGAGCGCGGGGGGUAGACUAUGGCAUGGGGCUGGGCUUCCAGGAGGGGGGAGGGGGUGGAGGGGGAGGGGGAGGGGGAGCAGGAGGGGGCAGAGGCGUGGGGCCGAAAGGUGGGGGGCGAGGGAGUGGGGCGAAUGCGUUUGUGUCUGGGGGAUCACUGGGUGUUGAUGGUGCUGCUGCUGCUGCUGCUGCUGCUGCUGGCGGCGGCGGUGGUAGCGGUGCUGCUGCUGGUGGCAGGGGCAGCGAUGGGGGCAGCAGGGCGGGCACGCGAGCAGGGGCAGUGGAUGCACUGCGGGUGGGCAUGAUGGCCAGGUUCAAGUCCUCCUUCGUUGCUGCCUCUGCUCCCCACCCCCACGACCCUGUCCCCGACCUCCCUCUCCCUCCUCCGCCUCCCCCGCCUGCCCCUGCCGCGUCUCUGCCCGCUCAUCCAGCCCCUGCUGCUGCUGUCCUUGCCGCACCACAAGCAGCAGUCGCACCUCCAGCUUGGGGGGCGGGCGGUGGUGGUGAUGCUGCUGCUGCUCCUGGCGGCAGCAGCAUGGGGGCAGACGUGGUGGCCGCUGCGAUUGCAGCGGCUGCAGCCAAGGCUGCUGCUAUUGCUGCUAGCCUGGGCCUGCAACCUCCCGGGGGAGUGGGUGGGGCAGCAAUGGGAGCUGCAGCAGGAGGGGCAUCAAUGGGAGGAGGGGUGACGGUGGCGGUUGCAGGCAUGGGUGCUAGUGCAGGCGGAAUAGAUGGUUCUGGGGAGGCAGGGGGUGGAGAUCGAUUCGCCAUGUCGAUCACGUCGUACAACGGCGGCGCGGUGGUCGCAAUGAAGGGCGACAAGUGCGUGGCGAUUGCGUGCGACCGGCGUUUCGGCGUGCAGCUGCAGACCCUGGCGACGGACUUCAACCGCGCCUUCCAGAUGCACCCGCGCCUCUUCCUCGGCCUCGCGGGGCUGGGCACCGAUGUGCAAACACUCAAGCAGCGCCUGGAGUUCCGCCACAAGCUCUUCGCCCUGAGGGAGGACCGAGUCAUGCCGCCCGCCACCUUCGCCCACCUCGUCAGCUCCAUCCUCUACGAGCGCAGGUUCGGGCCGUACUUCAUCGAGCCUGUGAUUGCAGGUUUGGAGGAUGAUGGCACUCCCUUCAUCUGCGCCACUGACCUCAUCGGUGCCUAUGAGGAGUGCCCCGAGUUUGGAGUGGCGGGGACGGCAGACGAGUCCUUGUUUGGUGCGUGCGAGUCGUACUGGCAGCCGGGGCUGCAGCCGGAGGAGCUAUUUGAAACCAUCUCGCAGGCGCUGCUGGCCGCUGUGGAUAGGGACGCGCUCAGUGGAUGGGGGGCUACUGUGCAUGUCAUUACUCUUGACAAAAUUAUUACUCGCACACUCAAAGGCCGGAUGGAUUAA